AUGAAAAUCAGCAAUCACUCUGCUGUUCCAGUUUAUACCAUCUCAGGCUCUUCCACCGCGAGACCUCUUCCCGAAUGGCUGGCCAGAAAACGAAAAAGGAGUCUCAAAAAUGAUCCCGAGUAUGCCAGUCGCAUUGAGCUACUCCAGGACUUCGAAUUCGACGAAUCCAGUCAGUGUGUGAGGGUAAGCGACGACGGACAAUGGGUGAUGAGCACGGGAACCUAUAAGCCGCAGAUACAUACCCACUACCUACCCCAUUUGUCACUGUCUUUCGCUCGCCAUACGAUAUCUCUCAAUACCACCUUCCUCCUAUUAUCCACAGACUACUCCAAAUCUCUACACUUGCAGGCAGAUCGUUCCCUCGAAUUCCACACCCCACUUGGAUGCCAUCAUACCACCAGGCUGCCACGAUAUGGGAGAGAUCUCAAGUAUGAUAAGCGAUCUGCGGAAGCACUGAUACCCGCUGUCGGGGUCAAUGAAAAUGGCAAUGGGGAAGUUUUCAGGUUGAAUCUGGAAGCGGGAAGGUAUAUGCGAGGAUAUGAAGUCGAGGUUGGUGGUGACGACUUCACAUCCAGCGGUGGUGGUGCCCUGCAGGGUGGAAUUGGCACGGGAAGCGUCAACACUGCUGCAAUCGCAGGGGAAUCGCAUGGGUUGCUGGCUUUCGGAACAUCACUGGGUACUGUGGAAUUUUGGGACCCUCGCUCAAGAGGUCGUGUUGGCAUUUUGCAGAGCCCCAGAGAGGCAAACCCGAUCGAUGGAAGGCAGGAGAUCACAGCGUUGGAGUUCGACCGCUCUGGAUUAGGGAUGGCCACGGGAUCUUCCACAGGAUUAAUUCAUCUUUACGAUCUCCGCUCACGUGCUCCGUUACUGAAGAAAGAUCAAGGCUACGGGUACCCAAUACAAACGCUCAUCUACCUUGUAUCCUCAACCUCAACCCGGGCACAGACCGCUGAACCCAAGAUACUCUCAGCAGACAAAAGGAUCAUCAAAAUCUGGGAUAUACGAGAUGGAUCGCCCUGGACAUCUGUGGAGCCUGCUGUGGAUAUCAACUCAGUAGCAUGGUGCAAAGAUUCUGGAAUGAUCUUGACUGCGAACGAAGGACGGCAACAACAUAGUUUCCUGAUACCGCAGCUUGGACCAGCUCCCAAAUGGUGCUCGUUCCUUGACAAUCUCGUUGAGGAGAUGGCGGAGGACCCGAAUGAUCCUAACGCGUACACCAGCCAGAAGGCUGGUGACGUUUAUGACAACUACAAAUUCCUGACCAUGCAGCAGCUCCAGUCGCUAAAUCUCGCCCACUUGGUAGGGACCACCAGUCUACUCCGCCCCUAUAUGCAUGGCUACUUUGUGGCGCAACGGCUUUACGAAGAAGCGAAGCUCAUCGCAGAUCCAUUCGUGUGGGAAGAAGAGCGAAACAAAAGAGUCAAGGACAAGAUUGAUACGGAGAGGGAGAGCAGGAUCAGAGGCAACAAGAAGGUCACAGCCAAGGUCAACAAGAAACUGGCAGAGAAGAUAAUGGAGCGGGCGGAUCGAGAAGAACGAAGGCAAGCGAACAAGGUACUCGAGAAGGGUGGAGACGAUGACAAGAUUGAGGAUGCCACCGCAACGGCUAGUACGGAGGAGAAGCCCUCCGGCAGCUUACUGGCAGAUCCCCGUUUCUCUAAGCUGUUCCAAGACGAAGACUUUGCCAUCGAUGAGCGAUCGCGAGAGUUCCAGUCCCUGAACCCAAGCACGAAACCAGCGCCAAUUGGGCCUACCAAUGACAACGAGCGCAAGCUGACGGCUGUGGAAGAAGACGCGACUGCGGAGAUACCUAGAUCCGACUCUGACGACUCUAGUGAAGAGGAGGAGGCGCCCAAGACCAAAGACAGUGGACGAAUCUCUUCGGUCUCUUACAAGAGAUCCGGUCACCGAUCUCAACAGCCACAGAUGCGAGUCACAUCCUCGAAAAAGCCUCAGCAAGGCCGAGACCGCUCUUUUGGAUCACGAGCUGAGCGGAGUAAAUCCACAAAAACCAACACGAGUACGGUAGUAGGAGAGCGGGAGAUCACGUUUGCCCCGGAAAAGAAGAUGAAGGCUCAGAAGGUGGAGAAUACAGGGACAGACAGAAGACGGGACAAGGGAAGGAGAAGUGCCAACGCGGUUGUAUACCACCCCACGGUAGCACACUACCUGCGCUUUGUCGCGACAACAGUUGGCCGUGAUAAGCUCCUCCGUACCCUUCAAUACUUUUCCCGCUUCUACGCAUGGUAUCUCUUCCGCACCAACAACCCUGCCCGGCUCAUCGCGCCCUACGAAGCCAUCAAAAAGCAAUUCGGUCUCACACGGAAAGCGCUACGUCUGGGCAAGAAUGUGGAGCAUUUCAAAGCCGCGGCCGUGGCGGCCGAUAGCAAGAACAUGGAUCCAGUGCUGAAGUACUGUGCCGUGGGGAGGCAGUUGGGGUACGCGAUGUACUUAAGCUUGGAUGCUGUUACAUAUCUUGACGCUGCUGGGAUCCGGCCUUUGGCGAGCGCGAAGAGAUUACAGCAGGAGGCUUACAGGGCGUGGUUUGCUGGGCUGUCGUUUAAUGCCAUUGCUGGGCUUUACACUUUGUGGCAGCUACGGCAAAGGGAGCAGAGCAUCGAUAAGAAUGAGGGGGAGGGUGUCGUGGAGAGUAAGAAGAUCAAGAAGGAGCGCAACACCACAAACCUCCAGCUCAUCUCGGAUCUUUGCGAUCUUACCGUUCCCAGCGCGGCACUUGGCUAUGCGAAUCUUGAUGAUGGCAUCGUUGGGUUGGCUGGGACAGUGAGCAGCUUGAUUGGGGUGUGGAGUACAUGGAAGAAGACAGCCUAG